UAAUUUGAUUUGUAUUCCAAAUUUAUUGAAAAUGACCACGAAUAACUUUCCUGAUUGGGCAUGUACAAACAAGAAUAGCUGCUCCAUUUGCUACAAUGAGAUUCCAAGUGAGAAUUGUCCCGCCUACGGAAUUCUUACAGUCUGCGACCACAUCUUCUGCUAUGACUGCAUAACAACAUGGAAAACGUAUUGUAAUCUACCAAACACCGAUGUAAGAUGUCCCAUGUGCAGGACGAUAUCCUCGUUUAUUGUGCGUUCCCAAUACUUGCCCAAGGACCGGAUAUCGAAAUUAAUGUUCGUCAGCCAUGUACAUCGAGAGAUACUCUCGUAUUGGCAUAAUAAGGCAAACAACUGAAUUGUUACUUCAUUUGUCAUAGUAGCAAAAUACCCAUUUCAUAUUUCAGGAUGUGAUAUAGUUUAUUAUAGUACAAAUUUCUGUCUCUCAGUACUGGGUAAUAUACAAGUUUAGGUUUAUUCACUUGUGUAACCCACUAGGUUAUUCCUGCUGCUGUUAUUAUAGAUUAUUUGUCUCUCAGUUGUGGGCGAUAUCCUAAUAGGGUGCAAAAUUCUUCCUCAAUUAUACAUCUUCUGAGUGAAACACUUUUAUAACAGCUUAUACACUUGUGCAACUUAUUAGGUUAUUGCUGCAAUUUUACCAUUAUAUCAGCGUUUACCUCAAUUAUGUAAAUCUUAUUCUGAGCAGCCUAUUAGGUUAUACCUGUAAUUUUAUUAAUGCAGAUUGUCAUUUGUGUCUCAGUUGUGGGCGAUAUUCUAAUAGGGUGUUACAUUUUCUCUCAAUUAAGCAUUUCCAGAAUGAAACAUCAAAGGCUUACCCCCUUGUGCAACCUAUUAGGUUAUUCCUACAAUUUUACUAUUAAAAAUUGUCAAUUUUUAUAUGUUAAAAGGCUAA